UAAAAAUGGCCGUGGUGUUGACUUCUCGCGCAUUGCUCUCGUAGAGUGGUAUUUUUUCACGUAAAACUUUUCCAAUAAUUAUCAAAGAACUUUCUCUAAUUGUCUUGGAUAUCAACUCUUAACAUAUUCAUAGUUUCUUUGCCAAGAUGUCGGACGGUAAUAGCCCUAGUAUGAUAAGUUAUUUGAGGCAGUAUAGGUUUCAAAGAAAGCCGAAUGAGACGGGGUCUAGCGAUUCCGUAAGAGUUGUGGCAUCGUCUUCGAAUUCCCAGCAACACAUCAGAAUGCCAGCUCCCAACGUUGUGAGAAACCCUCCUGUGGUUUACAAGCGUAUCAGGAUCCAGGAUUCCGAUUCCGACGAUGCACCAACUCCAGUAAAGAAGCCAGCCGUCAUGGAACUUACUACUGCUGUCAAAGAGAGGCGAUUUAGAAACAUGCUGGAAAUGUUCCCUGAUCUCCCACCAGUACUUGUAAAGAAUACACUCGUAAAACAUGGUUGGAACGAGGAACGUUCCAGGGAUGAUCUACUUAAAGUCGAUCCUGAAAGCGAUGACAAGAGUACCUCAUCCUUCUUCGCUGCAAGCAGACCGAGUGUUUCAAACAUUUCACGCCCUGCUAACGGAAAUAUGGGAAUUAUCCGAGUCACAAGUGGGGGUCCUUCGACUCAAAGUGGAAAUGGGGGUAUGGUGGCUCGGAAACCAUAUGUCGCUAAGAGUGUAAGGGUGAGAAGGGGCAGCAGUGGCAGUGAGGAUGAGGAUUAUGGUGUCAGAAAAGGAAAGGACGACAGGGUCUAUGACAGUGACGACUCUGACAACGAAAUAACCGACGAUCUAGUGGGCGACAAGAAGAAAGUGUUUGACUUCCUCAACACUAGCAAUAUGAAUGAGUUAUCACUGCUCAGUGGUUGCUCGCAGAAGAAAGCUGAAGCCAUCAUAUCACAGAGACCAUUCAAGGGUUGGUUGGAUAUGGUAGAAAAGUUCAACAACAACAAAAUGCUAAGUACAGAGCUGCUAAACUCUACGCAAGAACUGCUAACCACAAGGAACAAUAUCCAGCGGUUGAUGAAGAAGUGCGUAGGGCUCGCGCAACAGUUGGAGUCGGCCGUGGCGGCAGGCGCCGGCCGCCUGAAGCAGCCCGGCAUACUGGCCCCCAGCCUCAAACUCGCCCCGUACCAGCUAGUCGGUCUGAACUGGCUGGCUGUCUUACACAAGCAGGGAGUCUCCGGAAUCCUGGCUGACGAGAUGGGGCUGGGGAAGACUGUGCAAGUGAUAGCCUUCCUCGCACACUUGAAGGAGACCGGGCAGGCUAGGGGCACGCAUUUGGUUGUGGUACCCGCUUCUACGUUAGAUAACUGGAGCGGUGAAUUGUCCCGUUGGUGUCCCUCGCUAAGAGUCAGCAAGUACUACGGGCCGCCGGAGGAGCGGAGGCAGCUUAGGAUCGAAUACGCGAGGGGACUGGACAACUAUGACGUCGUUUUGACCACCUACACGAUGGUGAGCAGUUGCCCCGAAGAGCGCAAAAUGUUCCGCAUAACACCGAUGCACUACGUGGUGUAUGACGAAGCUCACAUGCUCAAGAAUAUGUCCACGCUGCGGUACGAUAACCUGCUCAAGAUCAAAUCAAAACACCGCCUCCUGCUGACGGGCACGCCGCUUCAGAACAAUCUGUUGGAGCUGAUGUCGCUUCUCUGCUUCGUGAUGCCACACAUGUUCUCCGGGAAGACCCAGGACCUUAAGAACUUGUUCCAGAAGAAUUCGAAAGCGAAAACCACAAAGAAAGCGGAAGGCAACAAAGAGGAUGACGUGCCAGCGUUCGAACAGAGUCAAAUAACGCAAGCGAAACGGAUCAUGAAGCCGUUUGUACUUAGGAGGUUAAAGAGGGACGUCUUACAAGACCUGCCUCAGAAGACAAAUCACACGGAACUGUGCCCUAUGUCGAGGAAACAAGAGGCUUUGUACAAAGAUCUGAUCGCUGGCUUCUCGGCUAAUGAUGGGACGAUCCACGCGACCACAGAACACAGCGGUAUGUCCAUGAUGAUGGACAUGCGGAAGUUAGCCAACCACCCUCUGCUCCUGCGGUACCACUACAAGCCCGAACAACUGCGGCUUAUAGCGGCAAGACUAGCACGAGACUCCGGCUACAAGGAGACCAACGAGCAGUACGCGUACGAAGACCUGCUGUGUCUGUCCGACUUCCAGAUACAUCAGCUCACGCGACAGCAUGCGUGUAUACGCACCUUCGGCGUCCCCGAACACCUAAUUCUAGACUCUGGCAAGUUCGAGAAACUUGAUGAAAUGCUGCCUCGCUUGAAAGCCAACGGUCAUAGGGUGCUGGUAUUCAGCCAGUUCGUCAUGAUGCUGGACAUCUUGGAGCCCUACCUCGCGGCGCGGGGACACCGGUACCUUAGGCUGGACGGACAGACGGCAGUUACGGAACGACAAGACCUAAUAGACCAGUAUAACUCAGAAGACAUCUUCGUGUUCCUUCUAUCCACGCGAGCGGGCGGGCUCGGCAUCAACCUAACAGCGGCUGACACCGUCAUCAUCCACGACAUCGACUUUAACCCGUACAACGACAAGCAGGCCGAGGACAGGUGCCACAGGAUGGGGCAGACGCGGCCGGUGACGAUCUACCGACUGCUGAGUGCUGGCACCAUCGAGGAGGGCAUCUACCAGGUCGCCCAGGAGAAGCUCAACCUGGAGAAACACGUCACUGGUGCUGACGAAAACGACGCCGCCGAACAAAAGAAUGUCGUCCGCCUACUAUCAGCUGCGCUCGGUCUGACCACGCCCAACAAAUGAUUGCCGGCCAAAGAGCCCGCUGUCACCAAGAAGUAGUGCGCGACGAGAUCGACUAGUGCGCGACGGAAGUGACUAGUGAGCGACGAGAUCGACUAGUGAGCGCCGGGUGUGACUAGUGAGUGACAAAACAAACUAGUGAUGUUAAAAUGGUGAUAUUGUGCGCGGCUAGUACAAAAUGGGUUUGUUGAUUUGUAAAGUUACAAUUAAAUGUGUUUGAUGGCUUGAAACUGUAACAGUUUCUGCGAUUUUUUUAUUUAAAUGACACAAG